AUGACUAGGAGGUCCAACAAGGACAACCUAGUUGAACAUCCAGAGAUAGACAAGCUUGAGAAGCAACUUAGGAAGCAGAAAGCCCAAGAGAUGGCCGACGAAGCAGCUCGCGCUCACGCCGCUGAAGUGGCGCGCGCUCAAGAAGAAGGAAGAGAUCCACCUCCUCCUCCUCCUAACCCUGCUGGAGAUGUGAACGCACAACCCAAGCUGGAGCACCUACAAUCGGAGACUAUGACUCUGCCGAUGCUUUCUUCAUGGAUAGAAACCCUAUCCAUCCACCACCACCUGCAAGGAAUGACUAUGAGAUCAAGCCUCAGAUCAUUGCAUUGCACUACAAGAUCCAAUGGAGUCUCUGCUGACUACCUUAAGUGCAAGCUCUUUUCAUUCUCUCUUGGCGACAAAGCUUCAAGAUGGUUGAAGUCUCUGCCAGCUCACUCCAUCACCACUUGGGAUGAGUACAAGGCUGCAUUCAUCAACCACUUCUACACCAAACAGAGAUCAAUUUCUGUAGAAACAAGAUCUCCACUUUCGCCAAGCAACAAUGAGUCUUUCUAUGAGGCGCUAGAUCGAUUCAAGGAGUACAUUAGGGACUGCCCUAAUCAUGGUUUCAAUGAGGGAAACCUAUGGAACAUCUUCUAUCGUGGCAUAGACCACAAGUACAAGCUUUCAUUGGAUACAGCAAGCAAUGGAAACUUCAUGACCAAGACUGUUGAUGAAGCUAAGGUUCUUAUUGAGAAUCUUGCAGCUAGUGAUUGUAACAACUGUCCUGAUUAUGACCGCUCAAGCCGCACCACUACUAGCUCCCCUGAUUCUUUUCAAAUGACUGAACUCAAGAACAUGAUGGCUCAAGUUCUUAAGGGACAGCUCAAGCAUAUCAAUGCAAUAGAAGGGAUGAGUGAUGCUAAUGAAGAUUCAUCAAGAGAAUGCAUGGGAGAUUUCUCUAAUGAAGCCAAUGAAGAAGAUGUGAACUACAUUGGAAACUAUGGGAACAAGGGAUACAAUCCAAGCUAUCGCCCAAACCCCAACAUGUCUUAUAGAAACCCCAAUGUGGAGAAUCCUCAAGACCAAGUGUAUCCUCCAAGGUAUCCACAACAACAAAGACCUCCUUACCAAUCUCAAGGAAGUCAAUUUCAGCCAAGGCAAGGAUAUGAGCAGAGAUCAUCAUAUCCGCCCAAGGAGCCAUAUGCUUCUUCACCAAAUCAAGCUCCUCCAAACCAACAAGGUGGGAGAUUUGAAGGAAUCCUCCAACAGAUCAUGGAUGGCCAGAAGAGAAACACUAAAGAGAUGUAUGAGAAGAUGGACACUUUGUUCAGCAAUCUCAACACCAAGUAUGAUGCUGUUGCCACUCAUGUGAAGAAACUAGAGACUCAAGUCACUCAAACUAUGGAAGCUGUUAAGAGACAGGAAGCUGAAUCCAAGAAGUCCUUUUGCAACUCAGCCGCCAUAGAAGAAAGAUUUGAAGACCAAGUUCCAGAAUGGAUGCUUUCAAAACCUACUGUUGAUUGCAUGAUUUGGCCUGAAGAGAAUUACCCAGAGAGAGAGUCCAAUCGAGCUAGAAAGAGAAGACUCUUCCCAAAGAUUAUCCCCAAGACAGAUAACUCAGGAAAGUUUGCUGUGCCUUGUAUCAUCAAAGGUAACAUUCUUGAGCAAUCUUUGUGUGACACAGGAGCCAAUGUGAACAUCAUGUCUAAGAGGAUAGCUGACAAGAUAGGCCUCACCAAGAUAGAGCCAUCAUCCAUCUCCAUCAACUAUGCUGAUUCAUUCUCACAAACCCCUAUGGCUUUGUGCCUAAUGUGA